AUGAACGAUACUGCCAGUGUUGCUCAGCUUUCGCCUGGAUCGCCAGAAAAUGGUCCCACAGCUAAAAAGAUCCGAAAAAUGAUCAAACCGGCCUCCAUCAAUGCACAUAUUAACGGGGAUGUUACAUCGCAUGUUCUUUCAUUCAAAUGCUUAUUUUGUGAAGCAUUCAUCUUUACUUUGCAAAGUUCUCAUCCAAAUGAAGAUGUCUCGGAGAUGCUCAGUGAUCAUUUUCGUUCCUGUAUUGUAUCGGUGGAAAAGGAAAAAGUUGUUGUUGUUUCGUAUGCAUUCCCACGUCAGGAUGUUGGUUUUUACGUGAGCGUCGAUGAUGCUUCGCCUGAUUCGUCGUCAAAUUCAGUAUGUGUUGUUAAAUCGAAGCCUCAUUUGGAUUUUUCAGUUGAGGUGGAAAAGGAGCCAGAUGAUGAAGAAUCAAGUGUUACGCAGCUUGUAGAACCGAGUGAUGUUUGUAUACGAAGAAAUUACAAUAAAGUUCAGUUUUCUACUUUUUUUUCAUAUUCAAAAGUUGACAGAAAGCUUGGUUAUGCUUUACUGCAGGUGGCUACAAAAAGUUUAAGUCCGGAAAUCAGAAGCAACGAAUCCUCGUCUGACUGCAGUACAAACGCAUCAGAUGGAGAUGCGCAACAGCAGCAGCACGUGAAUGACCAUGGUGACUCAACAGCUAGCGCAGGGGCUGUUAUGCGUAGUCCAGAUCGACAGCAACCUACCAAAGGUUCAAUCCCGGUUUCAUCGGUUGGCUCAACAGGCUGCACACGGAGUACGACACCAGUGUUGUCUGCAGAGAUCAGUCGUCGACGACAAAUGUCCAGCUAUGAGAAGAUGAUGGCAUUAACAUGUCAAAGAUGUGGACAGAGCUUCAAAAAUCGUUGUAUGCUUACGCGUCAUGCAAUAGAACAUAAGCGAGCUGGCAAUCCGUACAGAUGUACCGUCAACGGUUGCUUGGAUUCGUAUGGCGAAAAACGAAAGCUUAUCACUCAUCUCAAUUAUAAACAUACCGAAUUGUCGCGAGAGGAGCGAGAAUUGAUCGUUUUGAAAGGCGACGAACUGUUCGAGAAGCUAAGAAAUAUGUACGUUAAUUUUCACCACAUCGUUUGCUAUUUUGUUGUCUUCUGA